GGCCACUUUGAUCAGUGAUGCUGCAAAAUUCUCCGAUCUGCUUUUCAUUGAGCUCCAUUUCUGUUCCAUCAUUCCAUGGCUACCACUGCUUCAUCCCCUUUCAAGAAAAUUCAGAUUCAAAGAGAUGAUACUACAUUUGACGCAUAUGUGGUUGGAAGAGAAGAUGCUCCUGGAAUUGUUGUGAUUCAGGAGUGGUGGGGUGUGGAUUACGAAAUUAAGAACCAUGCUGUGAAGAUUUCUCAGCUUGGUACUGGGUUUAAAGCUCUUAUCCCAGAUCUGUACAGAGGAAAGGUUGGUCUGGAUGUAGCUGAGGCUCAACAUUUGAUGGAUGGUCUUGAUUGGCAAGCUGCUGUCAAGGAUAUUGCUGCUUCUGUUAACUGGCUUAAAGCGAAUGGUUCGAAGAAGGUUGGUGUAACUGGAUUUUGUAUGGGAGGUGCUCUCUCUAUUGCUGGUUCUGUCUUGGUUUCAGAGGUUGACGCUGCUGUAGCAUUCUAUGGAGUUCCUUCUUCUCAGCUUGCAGACCCUGCCCAAGCCAAGGCUCCUGUUCAGGCUCACUUUGGAGAGCUGGAUAGUUUUGUUGGCUUUUCAGAUAUCACAGCUGCGAAGGCCUUGGAAGAAAAGCUGAAGGCAUCUGGAGUUCCACAUGAGGUGCAUAUCUAUCCUGGCAAUGCACAUGCAUUCAUGAACAGGUCUAGUGAUGGAAUCCAGAGGAGGAAGAGCAUGGGAAUGCCUGAUGAAGAUGAAGCUGCAGUUCAGCUUGCAUGGUCUCGCUUUGAGACAUGGAUGACUCGUUACUUGUCUAGUUAGAUAACUCCACACUUCAAUUCUGAUAUCAGAUGCUUCUUGUUAAGUAGUUGUUUCCUCUAGUUUCGGAUUCUCAUUUGUGAAAUUUGACUUGAGAAUUAUACUUUUCUGGCUUUUAUUUGAACAGUGCUGAAAAGCAUUGCUAUUGUUAAUAUUGGCUUGUUGUGAUGCCUGCUUAUUUGUGUCUGGUAAGUCUGCUAUGAGUGACUCAGUGAAAAAGAGACAAACAAGCAUCAUUUGGUUCAAA